AUGGCUAACCCCGAUGACUACACUAUCGGCUGGAUUUGCGCCUUGCAGGAAGAGUAUGAAGCCGCAUGCCGUAUGCUUGACGACGAGUUCGAAGUUCUUGGUCGCAUCCAUCAACAUAAUGUGGUAAUUGGAUGUCUCCCACAUGGUAGAUAUGGUAUUAGUUCUGCUGCUAUCGUUGCUAAGGACAUGAUUCGGUCUUUUCCUUCUUUAAAAUUCGCUUUAAUGGUGGGCAUUGGCGGAGGUGCUCCAACACCAGAGAGAGACAUACGUCUUGGCGAUGUGGUUGUCAGUGUACCACAAGGUAGAUUAGGAGGUGUCAUACAGUAUGACUUUGGGAAGAGGUUAUCAGGAGGUCGGUUCCAACAAACUGGCCAAAUGAACUCCCCCCCAGGUUUGCUAUUAGGGGCGAUCCCCGAGAUGCAGCGUCGACACAAUGACCCCAGGAAGCCAGAUAAACUAGCAGAACAUAUCAAGCUGAUGGAUGAUAUGCUUGAAUAUCAGCGCCCUAAUGAAGAUCGACUAUACCGCGCAGAUUACGAGCACCAGGGUGGAAUCACAUGCGAGAAGGUAGCCAAACGAGCUGUCAAUGUCCAUUACGGUAUCAUAGCAUCCGCUAACUCGGUUAUGAAAAGCGCCAAAGAAAGAGACCAACUUGCUCGGGAUCCGGAACUUAAAGUAUUAUGCUUUGAAAUGGAAGCUGCUGGCUUGAUGAACAACUUUCCCUGCUUGGUGAUCCGAGGAAUUUGUCAUUAUUCCGAUUCGCACAAGAACUACGAGUGGCACAAAUAUGCAGCACUCGCAGCGGCCGCAUAUUCAAUAAACGACGUCAUGAAGAGGUUCGUUGAUAUCCAUCACAUAACCGGCUAUUGGACUCACCACUUACAUAAAAAGGGGGGCCUUGCAACAAGAUUGACGAUCAUCUAA